AUGUAUCUAUUAUGGAGAUGGAAAAUAUGGCCGAUGAUCAAUGAGUUUGAAUAUUCCAAAGAUAAUGAAAUAAAACGAUUGCAUGCAAUAUAUCAAUUACAAUAUCCGAUACUUCACGGAAAAUUUACAAUGAUGGGACAAUGGUUGUGCAUUUACCUAACAUUCGUGAUUUAUGAUUUAAAAGUCAUACGGGAAGGUCAAGUAACCACAAGGGCCUUUUAUUAUUUUUUGGUCCCUUUAAAUUCGUUAUUCUGUUUAUACGCUUUAUUCAUGGUUCGAGGGGUAAAAAAGGAAUCAACGAGUUUGCUUUGUAUUACAUAUUUUGGAAAUAUUUUGCAGACCGGAUUCUUGGUUUAUUUUACGACAGAAUAUUGUUACGCAGAAACAGAUUCUCCCCCCAAAAUUUGUAUUAAGGAGGAUUUCUUUUUUCACACGCUCAUUUACACAUGUAUUAUGUCUGGUAUUUUCUUGAUACUAUCAACUUGGAAUACGUUGAGAUGUCAUCGUAACUUUGGACGCAACCUUGGCUUUUAUAUUAACUAUGAACCAUGUCCCAAAGAAUUUCAAUAUGGAAAGCUUUAG